UAGUGAGCAUGUUUACGGCUGUAGGAUGUGUUUCUUGGUGUCAUCUCUAACUCACCGGUCAUCACCGAAUGAUUUCUCACCGUUUACUGGAUUCAGUGAACCAGUCGAAGUAACAUCACCUUCAUCACCAUCACCACCACUACCAUCAUCAUCAUCAUCAUGAUCGUUUUUUCGUCAUCAUUAUUUAAUGAUAUUUUUAGCCAGAACUCUGAACACCGUUGAGCUCCUUACAGCUAGCUCUCACAGCUAACAGCUAGCCGCUUGCUAACCGUGUAGCUUUUCCCUGCUAGCUGACGUUAGGUCUGUUGUGACGAGGACCUGAAAGUGUUCACAGGAUUUCUGGACGUUGUUUCAUCGCUAUGGUCCUGCGAUAAAUAAAUAUAUACAAUUCUGUUUUUUUAGACAGCUUUUUAGCUCGUUAGUUUUUCUUUAUUUGUUGAAGUUCCACUGCGGUACAUAAAUAUAACUGGAAGCUGAAGCUCCACUGGCUCUGCUGCAGGUUUUAUGAUUGACGGCUGAAGGUUUAUUUUAUUGGAUCACUUUAUAAACGCAGAUCAGCGGCAAUGAAGAAGUUUUUCGACAGCCGACGGGAAGCAGUGAGUUCUGGGCCCGGUUCGGGGGGCACCGGGGCCGGAGGCGGCGCAGGAUCCGGCGGAGGAGGCGCCUUCAUCGGCCGCGUUUUCACCAUCGGCCGCUACCAGGUUACCGUGGAUGAGACAGUAGCUGAAGGCGGUUUUGCCAUCGUGUUUCUCGUGCACACGCAUCAAGGCGUCCGCUGUGCCCUGAAGAGGAUGUACGUGAACAACGAGCAUGACCUCCAAGUCUGCAAGAGAGAGAUUCAGAUCAUGAGGGAUCUGGUGGGAAACAAAAAUAUAGUCGGCUACCUGGACUCCAGUAUCACCGCCGUGGGGUCAGGAGACGUCUGGGAAGUUCUGAUAUUAAUGGACUUCUGUAGAGGUGGUCAGGUGGUUAAUCUGAUGAACCAGCGACUGCAGACCGGCUUUAGCGAGUCAGAAGUCCUGCAAAUCUUCUGCGACACGUGCGAGGCAGUCGCUCGACUUCACCUGCGCAAAAUUCCCAUCGUCCACAGAGAUCUCAAAGUGGAGAACAUUCUGCUGCACGACCGCGGGCAUUACGUGCUCUGCGAUUUUGGCAGCGCCACCGAUAGAUUCCAGGACCCUCAGGCAGAGGGGGCGGCCGCCAUAGAGGAGGAAAUUAAAAAGUACACUACUCUGUCCUACAGAGCUCCUGAGAUGGUCAAUCUGUACAGCGGGAAAGUCAUUAGCACUAAAGCUGAUAUCUGGGCUCUAGGCUGCUUGCUGUAUAAGCUGUGUUUUUUCACGUUACCAUUCGGAGAGAGUCAGGUGGCCAUCUGUGACGGCAGCUUUACCAUCCCAGACAACUCCCGUUAUUCACACGACCUGCACUGCCUCAUACGUUACAUGCUGGAGCCAGACCCUGACAUAAGGCCUGAUAUCUACCAGGUUUCUCAUUUCGCCUUCAGGCUUGCACACAAAGACUGUCCAGUGCAGAACAUCCAUAAUUCUCUGAUUCCUACGAAGCUUCCUGAGCCAAUCAGAGCGAGUGAAGCGGUUGCCAAGAAGAGCCAGACUAAAGCCAGACUCACUGAUCCAGUCCCCACUACGGCAACCUCCAUAGCGCCACGGCAACGGCCCAAAGCGGGCCAGGCUCAGCCGGUCACAGGCAUGUUGCCCAUACAGCCCGCCCUCACGCCCCGCAAGAGAGCCAACGCCCCGGCCGGACCUGCACAGCCUAUCAGUGUGAACGUUGCCUCUCAGCCACAGAAGCCUCCGCAGCAAACCACGCCCACACCCGUGCAAGCCACGCCCACUCCUCCUCAAGCCACUCCCCAGCAUGCUCAGCUUUUCGUGCAGCCCCAAGCUCCAGGUUUCUACCCUCCUCAGCAGCAGCUGUCACUCCAAGCACAGAACCUCUACCCAUCCCAUCAUCAGGGCAUCAGCUCACCUGCACCGUCUGCUGCGUCUGCACAGCCGUUCGCAGGCGGGCGCUCGGGCCAAAAAGUGGGCUCUCUGACUCCGCCCUCAUCUCCGAAGGCGGCCCCUCGCGGGGGUCACAGGCGCAUUCUGAGUGAUGUCACACACAGCACCAUAUUCGGAGUUCCUGUCAGCAAGUCCACUCAGCUGCUGCAGGCCGCUGCUGCCGAAGCCAGUCUCAACAAGUCCAAAUCAGCCAGCACCACCCCCUCCGGCUCCCCGCGCUCCUCUCAGCAGAGCGUGUACACGGCGGGCGAGGUCGGUACCCAGAGCACCACCCCUGUGGCACAUGCUGGUUCACAGCCCUCCUGGAACCCAUUUGGGGACGAUAACUUCUCCAAACUUACAGCCGAAGAGCUGCUUAACAAGGACUUUGCCAAACUGGAUGCAAAAGCUCCAGAGAAGUCCUCUACAGAGAACCUGAUCUCAGGGUUACAACCUGCAGCCCCAAGCAAAGGCCUUCCCCAGUGUACAGAGAAGUUGAUUGAGGGUUUGAAGUCUCCAGAGCCUUCCUCCUCCUCCUCUUCCUCCCUGCUUCCCCCUGAUCUCCCUCUGAACGACCCUUUUAGUCCUGCAGACUCCAGUCAUGUCAUGAUGGAUGCGCUCAUUCCCGGUCUGGAGUCUCUGCACACUGAUCCAGUGUUGCCAGAUGCCCUGGGUGGAGGGGAGUCUCUCCUUGGUGGUCUCCUGCUCUCUCAUUCCUUACCGGGAGUUCAGGUCCUGCCGUCUCCAAUGUCCUCCACCGGCGCGCAACCUCUGGAGCAGUUCCUUCCAGGUCCGGAGGCCAGUGCACAGCUCCAGCCGGCUCUGGAUCAGAACCCCGACAGCCAGUUUGACCCCAUUCCAAUGCUCAUCUCCAAAACCCACAGCCAAGGUGGUAGCAACAGUGGCAGCUCAGAGACCGGUCUGCCCAAUCUGGCUUGCUCCCUGCUGCUGGUGGACCAGCUCAUCGACUUGUAGAAGACACACAGAGAGAGAGAGAGGGAUAGAAAGAGAGAAAGAGGGGUAGAGGGACGACAAAAAAAAACUGCAGGGAAAAUGUGCAAUUCAUAAACAAAGCUAUAGUUUAGGUCAUGACUGAUACCAUAUAAUACUAUACACGAUCCUGAAAGAUUGCGUCCUCCUCCUCUGUCUGUCUGUCCUUCCCAUUAUAUUUCUUCUGUUGCCUUGUCAUUUCCUUUCAAAUCCAUCGACGCCGUACGAGCACAGAGCAGGACAGCAUAAAAUCCGUUCCACAAGAACGCUCGGAUUUACAAGAUUAACAGCAAAUCCUUCCAGCAAUAGCAGUAAUUAGAUACUUGGCCAUUUAUUCAGGAGCUCUUGUUCGAUCGCUCGUACCGGCGUCUGCACGGUAUCGCACACAUAAAAGUAUUGUACGAUCGUAAAACGUGGUCUUCAUGGCUUUUGAUUAUGUUUUUGGGUUUUGUCCCAAUCCUAGCACACAAGUGUCCUCCUACCUGUCCUUACCAACGUCGGUUCCCAGAAUGUGGUGUUCAGGUUUUGGACGCUAAAAUGCCCCUUCGCCAAAGUGUAAAGCAGCCCUCAGUCUAAUACAUCUCCAGUCAUCUGCUCCAUUAUCGAAUGUCUAGACGUUCCCCGAGGCCACAAAUCCAAUAGACUAUAUAUACACGUAUGGCAGAGGUAUUUAGCUCAGAAGCACCUACAUAUAUAAAUAAAGAGCUGGAUAAACUGCUAAUAGGAGAGAAUAGUGACCGCAGCAACCUUUUAAUGGCUAAAGAUUUAUUUCAAGACGUUUCAAAGCGGUUGUGUGCUGCAUCGUGGCUCUGUCAUGCCCAUCGUGGCUCUGUCAUGCCCAUCUGUCAUGCCCAUCGUGGCUCUGUCAUGCCCAUCGUGGCUCUGUCAUGCCCAUCGUGGCUCUGUCAUGCCCAUCGUGGCUCUGUCAUACCCUAUAGCUGAUCUCUGAGCCGAUAAGUUGGGGAAGUCGUGGCCUAAUGGUUAAAGAGUCUGACUCCUAACCCUAAGGUUGGGGGUUCGAGCCGGCCACGACUGAGGUGCCCUUGAGCAACACCCCCCCCCCCCCCUCCGGCUGUGUGUGUGCACUUUGGAUGGGUUAAACAAAUUCUGAGUAUGGGUCACCGUACUUAGCCGUAUGUCACGUCACUUAUAAGAUGCACUUGUAUCGGUCACGUCCAUGUAUAUUAGAGCCGUGAUACAGCGCCCCCUGGUGCAGAGAGAGUUAUGAGCCUUCUCGAGGUGCUUAAACACUCAACCUUCUGAUCAAUAAUCCAGAGCCUUACCCAUUACUUCACUACUGCCCCAUUAACAGAACAACUUCAUCGAGCUUUGAAAGAGGAUCUGCUACAGAAGAGCAGAAAGAGUCAGAAGCUCUGAAUGCUGGUUUUAUGAUCAAUGUUAUAUAAUAUCAUUUUGCAUGAUUCGGGCUCGUAGAACAUUCUAGACUUUAGAGGGCACAACCAUACACAGGAAGUCCCUCUGCUUAGCGUCGCGUCUGCUUGCUAAUCGCUGUAACGUCCAUUAAUAAUAAUGUUGACAUGCGCACCGUAUGUCGGUGCACGCGCAGUAUCGGCUCUGGACGUAUCAGCAGUAUCAGCACAUGAUAUCACGAUGUAUUCCCGCUGCUGUGUAUGCACAUCAAAAUGAUAUGAAAUAUGAUCAGAGAUUAGAAAUCCAGCUUUAUUGCUAUUCUCAGGACGUGUCAUCAUUAUCGUUUAUUGCCUCCGUGUCUUCUGCUUCUGAUUUGCUUUAUUCGUUUGAAAUUCAUUUGGUUCUUUUAAAGCUCAUGUCGCUUUCUGCCUUUCGGCUUUCGACCAAAUUUGCAUGACGUGCUUUAUUUAUUUAACAUCUAUCGCAUUUAUGAAUGUUUUUGUUUUCAUUAGAGAGAGAGAGAGAAAAAAAAGCUGUAUGUGCAUAUCCGACAUAUGAAACUUUUAGACUAUGAAUCAUUUAAACGGUAGCGGUCAAUAUUGUUCUGCAUGAAUGUACAUCUACACAACCUACAUGACCUUAAUAAUCACAUUUAUUACAGUCUAUGAAGUGCGUUAUUUUGUACAUCUGAAGAUCAUAAAUCUGUGCUUUUCUUGUUCCUCUUCUCCUUGUGUGAGAUGAAUCACACUGUUUUGCUUUGCUGGGGAUCGAUGCUCUAUUAAUCAUUUUGUAUUAGAAAAAAUACAAAUACUUGAGCUGCAGUUUAAGUGUGCAGUUUGUAAUAUAUCCAACUUUGCAAAUGUGCAGUGGGUCUUUGUUUAAAUUGUUUCAAACUGUCCCUUUAAAUGAAAAUUACACACUGUCUCUUUAAAUGAAAAUUACAAACUUUCCCCUUUAACUCAAAAUUACAGCCUGUCCCUUUAAAUAAAUAUUACAGCCUGCCCCUUUAAAUCAAAAUUACAGCCUGUCCCUUUAAAUAAAUAUUACAGCCUGCCCCUUUAAAUCAAAAUUACAGCCUGUCCCUUUAAAUAAAUAUUACAGCCUGCCCCUUUAAAUCAAAAUUACAGCCUGUCCCUUUAAAUAAAUAUUACAGCCUGCCCCUUUAAAUCAAAAUUACAGCCUGUCCCUUUAAAUAAAUAUUACAGCCUGUCCCUUUAAAUAAAAAUUACAGGCUGCCCUUUUAAAUAAAAAUUACAGGCUGCCCCUUUAAAUAAAAAUUAUAGCCUGCCACUUUAAAUAAAAAUUACAGGCUGCCCCUUUAAAUAAAAAUUACAGGCUGCCCCUUUAAAUAAAAAUUACAGACUUCCCCUUUAAAUAAAAAUUACAGGCUGCCCCUUUAAAUAAAAAUUACAGACUGCCUCUUUUACACUCUAAUUUCAGUUGUUUUUUUUGUUUGUUUGUUUGUUUGUUUUAAAGCUUGUUUUGUAAUCCAUUUAUGAGAGAUGUAUGAAAAGAUUGUAGACAUCCCUCAUCCUUCUCUUUAGCCGGGGCUUAUGAUGGAAUCGACUUCCUGAGGUCGCUGCCCUGUUUCAAUCGAGUAUGAACUUUUUUCUCUCCAUGCUGCAGGAAUGGGGCGAUUCGAGCGAUACGGCGUCCGUCGUACAUUUCGGUAACCGUAUAAUAAAUAUUACACAGACAGAGGUGCCAAGCUAGUAAAGCCGAGCCGGAGCGUGUCCUCAGAGAGCAUGCUACAGAUGACAGGUCUUUACGGUUCCAUCAUGUUAUUACUUUGAGAAUUAUGCUAACAUAUGAAAACAGCCUGCUACCUUUCACAGGCUGCCGUGUGCAUGCUGACGUCCUCGCUAAAGCACGAGUCUGUCAUCCACAUGUCACUGAUGGUAACGUUCACAGUUUUAGUUUGGUUUUACCACAUCAUUCCUUACCGAACUCUGAAGUGUUAAACGUAUUGCUGGUGUAAUUCUGUACAUUUUUCUGUAGUAAACGUGUCCAUUCUCCUCGUUCAGUCGUAUCGUCCGGGUGUAUGCAGGUUGUAACGUGGCUGACCUAUGCAAUACUAUCCUCCAUACACACAACACGCACAUCUGCUAAGCGAUUUAGCAUCACUGAUAGUCCAGCUCUUUCAUAUAGCAUCGUAUGGCUUAUUCCAUCCGGUUAGCAAAGCAUGACAAAAACACUCGCAGGUAUUUUGUCAGUCUGGAAGAUUGGAUGAUGUAUUUUUAUGAAAUAACGAUGAAAAGAUUGAGGUGUUGAAUAAACAUGUAAAUGUGAACAGA